AUGCCUCCCGAAGGUGAUGGCGCCGCACAGGGCGGGAAUAACUCGAGCGACUUUGUUCGCAAGCUCUACAAGAUGCUCGAGGACCCUGCAUACGCGAACAUUGUGAGAUGGGGAAACGAGGGCGACACCUUUGUCAUCCUUGAGACGGACAAGUUCACCAACGACAUCCUGCCCAAGCACUUCAAGCACAGCAAUUUCUCGAGCUUUGUACGCCAGCUGAAUAAAUAUGACUUUCACAAGCUUCGACGGAACGACGAGAACAAUGAGUCGCCUUACGGCAAACAGGCCUGGGAAUUCAAGCAUGCUGCGUUUCGAGCGGACAGGAAAGACAACCUCGACAACAUCAGGCGCAAGGCGCCCGCCCAACGCAAGGCCCAGCCAACGGAAGACUCUUUCACCACCAACCAGUCCAUCAACCUGCUCCAGGAGACACUCUUCGCGCAACAGCAGCAGGUCCAGGCCCUGCAGGAGCAGUUUGUUGAGCUCUCACGCGCCAACAAGACGCUUGUGCAUGAGGUGCACUCGCUGCAGAAGACCAUUGACGUACAGAGGCAGUCAACGCAUGAGCUUCUGAAUUUCCUCUCCAGUCCUGACGAGCGAUGGCGCACUGGUAGGUAUCCGAACCAGGCUGCGGCCCACAUGAACGGCGGCACCAUGGAGGAGCAGGCGCCCGAGUUGCGCCGCGCCCGCGAGCUUCUGUCCACGGUGACGACAAACUCCAUGGUCGAACGCGACUUUGAGCGCCUCAACGGCAUGUACGCCCAGAGCUCGCCGCCCGACUCGGCGUCGUCCCUCAUGUUCCAGCCGGGCUCCAUGCCUCCCAUGAUGGCCGACCACGUCAAUAUGCGUCAUCUCGUCUACCCUGUUGGCGAAAACGUUGGCAUCGAUCCCUUGUCGCAAGACCACUUCAACAACAUUCCGUACACCCUCAACUCGUUGCCGACCCUCACCAAUGACUACCCGAACCAGACCAUGGUCAAGCAGGAGCCGGGGCCGGCAACGCCGAACCCACCAGGCGGUGCCACGCCGGCGCCGCCAGGCCCUGCUGGCAGGGCAGCACCGCCGCAGGACAACUCGCUGUGGGGAUCGAAGAAGCCGCGUGUCUACCUUGUCGAGGAUGAUAGGACCUGCUCGAGGAUAGGAGCCAAGUUCUUGUCGCAGAUGGAGUGCCAGGUAGAGGUUGCGGAAAACGGUAUCGACGCUGUCAACAAGUGCAAGGAAGUCGGUGCCGGGUAUUUCGAUCUGAUCUUCAUGGACAUUGUCAUGCCUCACAUGGACGGUGUCUCGGCAACGCAACUGAUCCGCGAGGUGCACCCCGAUGUGCCCGUGGUCGCCAUGACGUCGAACAUUCGCCCGGAAGAUAUCAGUCACUAUUUCAACUGGAGUUUGAACGAUGUUUUGGCCAAGCCCUUUACCAAGGACGGCAUGCUGCGUAUCCUGCGAAAGCACGUCGCGCAUCUCAUGAAGAACGCGCCUCCGAUCGACGACAUACCUGUGGGUCCCGGCAGUGCGCAGAUGGGAACGAUGGGCCUGCCUCCCCAAGUCCGCGUCGACACGCCGAGCCAGUCUCCGGCGACGACGACCUCAUGGCACUCGCCUGGGCAGAUCCAUCAGCAGUCGCCCCACGUGGCCACUAUGGAGCCGGGAUACGCCAUGGGCAACCCGCAACAGAUGGUCAUCACGCCAACGUCAGCCCAGCGUGCGACAUUCCCGACCCAGGGCCUACCGCCCCAGAUGCAGCAGCAGAUGCGUGUGCCGGACGGCAUGGCUGUCGAGGAUCGGCCAGAGAAACGACAGAGGCUGUACGGGCCUCAGGGAGGCUACGCUCAAUAA